AUGGUGUUUUUUAGCUCUUGCCGAUCUGUCAUGUUUCAUCAUGUAUUUUUCAAUAUUUUUAGUUUACCAAAUAUGAGUAUUCACGGAAGACAAGCACAAACAAAGAGGACAAAAACAUUUUAUGACUUUUGUAGUGCAUCAUCUGGAACUUUGUUAUGUACAGAUAUUGCAGCUCGAGAUUUAGAUAUUCCUAAUGUCGAUUGUAUUAUUCAAUAUGAUCCACCAAGUGAUACCAAAGAAUAUAUUCACAGAGUUGGUCGUACCACACGUGGAGUCGGUAGUUGUGGAAAUGCGCUGUUGAUUUUGCGACCAAAGGUGCUAGAAUUCUUGAAAUAUUUAGAAAAAGCCAAAGUUCCAGUUACUGAAUUAGAGUUAAAAAAUACCGUAAAAGCUCAACUUCAAAUAGAAAAGUUAAUGUCCAAGAAAUUUUGGUUGCGAGAUUCUGCAAAAGAUGCUUAUGAAUCUUAUCUGCGAGCUUAUAACUCCCAUAAUCUGAAAGAUGUAUUUAAUGUAAAUACUUUGAAUUUGGCUGAAGUAGUGAAAUCGAUUGGAUUCUUGGCCCCACCUACAAAUUUUCCACUUAUAACAAGAUCAAAUUGUGGCAAUACUUCCCGAUCUCGAAAAGAACGAGUUUAUGAAUACAGCAAGGAUCCUCCAAAUGCACCACGGAGAUAUCAGCGCGCAAAUAAGUUUCGAAAAUUCUAA